AUGUCUCCUCCGAAAUCUUCGUCGGGUAAAGCUGCGAAACCCUUGAUUCCGGGAGUUUAUGGCCCUCAUCAGCCGUCAAACCUCUCAGCAGAGAACCUAGCUGAGGUUAGGGGGUCCACCGGGAUUCCGCCGGAGGUCGAAAUCAGGUUCCAGGAGGCUCACGAGUCCCCGGAGAACCCUCCUCCGGGGUACUGCUGUGCGUUCGAGAUAUUCUUCUCCGCGUGUGGUUUGUCGUUUCCCCUUCCUGAACUCAUCGUGAAGAUGAUGUUCGAACUGGGCUUCACUCUUCCCCAAAUGUGCCCGAACUUUGUUCGGACUGUUAUGUGCCUUCAAACUCUGGGGGAGGAGUUUGACUACCAGCUGUCGCUGGCGGACUUCCUCCAGGUGUACACAGUGAAGACAGGUCGUACCAAGGGUACACUCUACGUGAGCCCGCUUUCCGGACUGAAGGUCUUUGAUGACCUGCCCGAGAAGGACGAGAAAUGGCGGAAGUCCUACUUUUUCUUCCCGGUCAACGAGUUCACUUUCAGCCACCGCACGAGCUCAUACAUCACUUCGAGCGCGGACUGCUUUGCCCCACAUUCGCAGAGUUCUUCUCAAGAUUCUGCAGCCAAGGUCAGAUCGCUUGGGAUUCUUUCUCCUGCGAAAGGAUCAGGGCGUCCACGGGAAGAAAGGGCGUGCCGAAUUGCCGAAAAAGAGGCGAAGAAGCAGAUGGCAGCGGCCCUUGCCGAAGGCAAAGCUCGCAUCCCUAACAAGAAUUCCUCCAGCUCCUUCGUUCCCGAGGUGAGCGGGGCUUCCGCACUUCCAACUGGCUCUUCCGAGCUCGGUAUGGAAUCUACGAGGGCUCCUGCUGGUCCGCUGGCACCUCCCGUGAUUGUCAUCGCUGACUCUGCCGACGAGCCACGGGAGGUCGCGACCCCCCCAGUGAUGAAGAAGACCUCUGCUGAGGUCACUUCUCAGCAAGCUGACUCAUCGAAAAAGAGGAAGGAACCCAAGACUUCCUCCUCUUCGCGUGAGAGGAGCCGAGCCCGGACUGGCUCAUUAGGGGACGAGCGAAGUAAAUCUAGUUCGAGAGAUAGGGGUCUCUCCUCGGAGAGGAGAUCUACAGAGGCCCCACCGCCUAAAGAGUCCGGGGACUCCUCUGGAAGAAACCCUCUGAAGGAACAACGUCCUUUCGCCCGAGCCCCUCCUGCGUCCCCAGCUGAUCUAAUGAGGAGCUACAUUCGGCCCGGAGUUCGGAUUCCAGCGUUUGCUUAUAUGACCGAGGUCAACCGUGCGAACUUCUUCGGCUUUGCGGACAAAAUCGGCGAGCUAAUGAUCGAGUUUAACUCCUCGGUGGCUUCCUACGAGGAUCAACUGUUCGCCUCCCCUUCAUCUUUUGAGGUGAACCUUCUUCAAGAGAGGAUCGCUGACCUGGAAGCUCAGGUAAAAGAGUACGCCAGGCUGGAGGCUAAGAAUGCUAGCACCGUAGCAAAAGCCGAACAAAUCCGAGCUCGGAUGAAGAAGGCUGAAAUAGAGGUGCUCGACCUUGGGGUUGCUAACAAGGACCUCCGAGGCAAACUGAAGAAGGCGGGGGACCUUUACUUCGAAGCGGCGGAGGACGCGAAGGCAGCCAAAAACAGGUUGCACAAGAUCGAGCUCUGCAAUCAGCUACCCCAAGCUGGCAACAGCUGCGAGAUUGAGAGGGUGCGAAGGGAGGAGAGGCAGGAAAUGAGGCGGACUCUCCGUCCUUUGGUCGAGGAGGUGAGGGUCACCUUCGAAGAGAGGGAGAAGCUAGCUCCAAUCCAGAUCCGAGCUGCUGAGAUUAGGGCUAACCGGAUGCUGAUCGAGGAGAUCUCCAGGGGAGAGAUCCAAGACAUGGAAGCCGAGCUCGGACUCCUAAAAGCUGACGAGGAGGAGGCAGACGAAAAGGUUUCGAAGGUAACUCCCCGUGACCUCGACCUCUCAGUAUUCUCAGACCUUUUGGCGGAUACGCCCGAUCUCUUGUGCAGCUAG